AUGACGGACAUGUUGGACGCGUGAGGAUUCACAGCGAUGAUCGUCGCUUAACGCCACUUCGAAUUCACGAAACACCCUCGUUUCCCCUGCAACAAGCAUGAAUCUCGAGGUGGAGUUAAUCGCGGGGGUCGUCAAAGGCGGCCCGCCGCCCGCUCAUCUGCCGGCGCCGAGGCUCAUCAAGAUAUUCAUCGUCGGCGAGAGGGAUGACUUCCCAGAGGAGCGCAAACAGCUGCUAGAGGUGGUCGGUCCGGAGCUGCAAUCAAUUUACGAUGAUAUGGGAAUCGAGGUGCUCCUGGUGGACAUGCAAUACGGGGCCGGCGACAACCCGGACGUCAAUCCGCAUCUAGCGGAGUCCUUCCUGGAGGAGAUAAAUGCGUCGCACCGGCAUUCUAGGGGAUGCUUUCUUUUGCUGUUGACGGGAACAAAUUAUACCGUGGGGUGGGUACCGACGGAAUUGAAAGAGGCUACCUACCGAAUGCUUGUCGCGCAUUGCGCCCUCCUUAAAGAUCAUUAUGAGCACGAUGGAAACUCUUAUAUUUUGAAUGCAAAUAGCAUGCGGACCGCUCGUCGAGAAUGGCAGAGGGAUCAGGAGCCGAAGCUGCGCCAGACGCUGAGGAUCGCCACGGAACGCGCGCUCGCGGAACAACCGGAGAACCAGGAGUUGAGAUACAUCCUGAAGAGUACGGCGGAACGACAGCUGGACUACGGCCUAAAUCUAGACCAACAAGGCCUGGGAAUAAUGGCCGUGAUACGCGAGUGGACGGGCGACAACGCGCCGAGGUGCACAGCCGCCGCCAAGGGACUCUGGUCCCGCGUCCAGACUACCCUGCCCCACGAGAACGUUCUGCGAUUUCACGUGGAGCACCGUGACGGCGGCGCGAUCGACGCCGAUCACGAUGCACACGACGAGUACCUUAGCAAACUGCGGGAGCUGGUGCUGGACAGGAUCCAGCAGCUGGUGAACGCGUCCGUCGAGGCCGACCCGGAGAUCAAGAGCCGCAAGAAGAUGGUCCAGGAGGUCUACGCCGAGAGUAUGGCGCAUUUCGCGCUGCUCCGAGAACUGCCGCUGGCCGACCAGCGCGACGAGACCGUGGAGCGAGUUAAACAACUUAUCCUUGCAGGCAAGGAGCACAAGCACGGGCCGAUCUUGAUCUACGGGUCCAAAUCCUCCGGAAAGUCCUCCAUUCUUGCGCGCGUCUACCAGGACUCGCCUCUCUGGCUCGCGGCGCCGACACUCCGCGUCGUCCGACUGUGCACCGCGACUCCCCGGUCCUCCUACAGCCUGGAGCUCCUCCGCAUCCUUUGCCAGCACAUCGGCUUCCUCUGUGGCGACAACGACGGUAAUCUGCCGCGUGAUGCCUCCUUCGACCCGCUCUACCUCAACAAUUGGUUCAGUCUCAUCAUACGCCGCCUGGACGAGCAUCCCCUGCCGGACCAAUUAGUCAUUCUCCUCGACGAUCUUCAUCGUUUCCAUCCGCUUGAGUGCGACAUCGUCGCCGCCCUGUCCUGGCUACCGCUCACUCUCCCCCCGGGUGUCCACUUUGUCGUCACCUCCGCGCUUCCGCCCGAGGGAAUGCGCCUCACCCCGCUGCAAAAGGAUCGUUUGCGUAACCCCGACAUUCUCGUCGAUCUAUCCGGGCGUGGAAUCCAGACGAUGCCGGGCGUCGACGCGGUUUUCGAUCGCCUGGAGGAACUCGUCGGACUCGGUGCGGCUAGUCGGAUCGCCUCGAUUCUCGCUUGCACCGAGUACGGCUUGUCGGAAACGGAGAUACUCGAACUGAUCAUGCCUACCGGAGGGGAGGAGCCUUUGCUCUUGGAAGAGAGCCAGUUUAACUUCGCGACCUGGUGCUUGGUCAGGAGAACGUUCGCGCCGUGGCUCAAAGUGCGAGUAAUGAGCGGUCGACUGAUGUUUUCCUGGCGCGCGCAGUGUCGCGAGGUCGCUCUUAGAAAGUAUCUCUCGAAUCAGGACGUCUCGCGCGGCUACCACGCGGAACUGGCCGGCCUUUUCUUCACCGAAAACGUCGACGACAAUUCCGAGAAGUCGCCGCCCGCGGAGAAUCCGGCGGCCUCUUCGCCUCCCGUGAAGGAAACGCCGUUUCAGAGCGCGCCGCAAACUCAGGACGUCACGUAUACCCUGCGACACGUCGAGGAAGCGUGGCUGCACCUUCUGCGCGCCUCCGACGUCGACAAGCUAAAGAAGCUGGCCGUCUGCGCGUUCGACUUCCUUCUCGCGGGCGCCCAGAUGAUUUCCGUGAGCUACCUGAGAUGCGUCCUGGAACACGCCCGACGGUAUCUCCUCGAGCGUGACCUGGAGCUCGUGUACUACGCCGUGAGAAAAUCCAGCGAUGUCCUUACUAGAGAUCCGCUUCAACUUGCCGCGCAGCUUAUCUGCUGGUUAAGACCGGUCGCCGAAGACGGCGGUGACCUCGUCAGUAGAAUGGUCAUGGCGGCUAUGGCUUGGUGCGACGGUUACACCGCGCCUUUGCUCGUACCCUUGAACGGAUGGCUGCAGCCGCCUCUACCACUACAGAUCCGAGCGAUUACGUGUCCUCAGGGAGUUAAAUUGAUCGAAGCGGCACCAUCUGGCCAGCACGUAGUCGUCGUGCCAUCGCAGGGAGAUGCUCAGUUAUGGCACGUGAUGUCCGGUCAGCUUGUUCACACAUUUAAAGGACACUCCAGCCCGAUCUCAUGUUUGGCCGUCACCUACCAAUCGCAGUAUUUGCUGACCGGCUCCGAGGACACCUCGAUUAUCGUCUGGGAUAUGAAGGAUUUUGUAAUGAAACGUCGGAUUUGUGAGCACAUUGCACCGGUCCUCACUUUAACUACGGCUCUAAACAAUUCCGUUAUCGUGAGCGGUGGUGAAGAUUCCCGGAUUAUUGCUACAAGUUUGCUUACUGGCGAAGUUCUGAUGAAGGUUGAUCAUCACCGAGGCCCCGUUACCACUAUUCGGGUCGAUUCCGCUGGUGAAGUCUUGGUUUCCGGAUCAGUUGACGGGACCGUAUGUCUUUGGUCCUUGGAGAGUUUCAGUCUUCUCAACAGCAUCGCUCUUCCUUCACCAGUGAUCAUGCUAGACGUAUCCGCGGAUUCAGUUUUCCUUUUAGCGGCUUGCGAAGAUGAGAAACUAUAUUUAAGAUCCUUGGCAACGGGCACAGAAAUCCACACGCUUAGGGGACAUCAAGGUCCAGUUAAGAGUCUCUGUCUGGCGAAAGAUUGCAGAAGAGCUAUUGCUGGUGGUGUUGAAGGCAGAGUAUCCGUAUUUGAUAUGCACAGUGGAAAAUUGAUCAGGACUUUGCCUGCUAAUCCGUCGGCAAACGUUACUUCGGUUAAGGUGACUGAGAAAGAUGACUUUCUGAUAACUGGUGGAGGAGGUCGCGUGACUUAUUGGAGCUUCCGCGGUGAGGAACCACCACCGAAACCGCAGAAACCCGGGAAACAGGAUUCCCUGCAGCCGCAUACUGCACCGAUAUCCUGCUUGGACAUCUCCAGGGAUGGUGCCAUGGCGGUUACCGGCGGUGUCGAUUCUCUAGUCAAUUUAUGGCAGCUCAACACUCACGAAUUGUUAUCCACUAUGGAGGGGCACAUCGCCAGUAUUACCUGCAUUGCAUUUUCUGCAUCGGGACUCUUUGUCGCAUCUGGCUCUGAAGACAAGACAGUACGCGUGUGGGGUUUAACUCUAGGACUCGUGGUGGCUACGUUCAGGCAUCAGGCGCCAGUAACUGCUGUUACCGCUAUGCUGGAUGGAAGAAGAGCGGUCAGUUCAGAUCGUGCUGGCUCUAUCAGAGUCUGGGCAGCGGAUAGUGGAACAUUAAUUCAGUCUGUUUGUGGACCUGGCCGAUGUUUUGCUGUUGCAUCCGACAUGAGAUACGCGGUAUGCGGAUCUGGCGAUAACCAGGUGCGCAUAAUCAGUCUGGGAGCCGGUCCUGAAGAGAAGCAUCAAGUGUCGCACUCGCAGGACAUCACAUGUCUAGUGGUAACGCCAGAUUCUCAGUACCUGAUCACCGGUUCUCGCGAUAUGAGUCUGAAGGUGUGGCAACUGGCCGGCGGUAAACUUUCUCAAGUGUUGGUCGGCCAUACGGACCAUGUGACUUGCGUAGCAGUCGCCGUGCUCGACAAGUCUAUAGUAGUGUCCGGCUCCAGGGAUGCAAAUUUGAUCGUUUGGGAUAUCAACACCGGCGCCGACUUACACACUCUCAUAGGUCAUCUGGGUUACGUGACCUGCGUACGACUGUCCGGUGACGGUACCUUGGCCGUUUCCGGAAGCGAGGAUAAGAGCCUAAUCGUCUGGGACACCAAAAAAGGCACCUCGCUCAGUUCCAUUAUGCUACAUGUACCGGUUUUAGGAAUCGAAAUGUCUACCGAUUGCUCCAGGAUAGCGGUACAUUUGCUGGAGCACAAGUGCAUGCCUAUUGUAUGUCUGCAUAAUACUCCCGCGCAAUACGUCAAGUUGCCGCCGUACGUGGCGCCGCGAGAUCUGAGACCACCAGGACCGAAGCGACCCGCCAAGAGGUUGCUGAAGAAAGAGGUGUCUUUAGAUACUUAUACUUGGCAACGAAAGUAUGGGCAUCUUACAUCAGGUAUUACAGUCUCGAGUAUCGAGGAGCGAUUGAAACGUCGUUUUAGCGUGAGCGCGUCAAUGGAAGAGAUCAGCCAAGCAGGUUUAGCCGGUUCUCAACCUGGCCUAGGUCCUGAGCAGGCCGCUUUAGCACAAUCUCAACAUUUCGAUCAACUGGAGGCACUUUGGAACAAACAAUCGCCGCCGCCAAGACCACGUGGCCUAGUCCGUACAUUAACGAAACAAAGCUCGCUUCAGGCUACACGAAUAUCCGACUCUGAGGAAGAAGAUAUACCGGAUUAAAUGGCAGAAUAUUUUCUAUCGACAACCUUCGGUUGAUUGUCGAAUAUAUUUAAGCUACAAAAUGUCCUUCCGUGUCAUUCGAUGCAAUAAAUAAAAAUAUACCAGAAGGUAAUAGACCAGAAA